AUGGCCGGCUUGACCUUUUCCCACCCCCUAGUACUUCUUGUACUGCUCCUUGCCUUCAGUCACUUUCUCGAAGCAGCCGACUUUUCCAGAAAUCGCCAACCGAAGGGUGAUCUCAAGGUCCGGCUCGACUAUGCCCUGGCAACAAAUGGGGGCCGGAACAAGAGGCUAAAAAGUGAAACCGCCCACAAAUGGGUCUUUUCUACUUAUCUGGUCUUUAAUGAACCGGUAUCUUCGAUUACUUCGGGCCAGCUCAAACAGAUAGCCUUUGACGCCUUCGACGAAAUGGCCGAAGACAUUAUGCAAUACGACCCCGAGAACGAGGCAAGAACCGGGAGACCCCGACGCCUCCCAGGGGUUAUGACGAUCAUGGCCUUCGACAACGAAAUCAUUCUGGCCUCGUCACAGAAGGGUUCGGUUGCGUUUCUCAGCAGAUAUCCCGAUAAUCCUGUUAGUCAGACCUUAGACCUCUGUCAGACAGCCUGGAGAGACCAAGUCCUCUCUCAAGAGCCCGAAAACGAACAAAAAGCAACCCAAGAUCAUUUCCGUCAACGGAAAUGUGGUGAGGUUUCGACAUUCUUUCAGUACUAUCAAAUACACGACAAGAAGAUAGCCGAUCUAGCUCCAAAGGCCCGAGAUGUUUGGGGAUGCAACCUACUGGUCAAGCAUGCAAACAUCGAUGUGGACUACUUCCAGAACGAUGUUCAGGAGGAGCCAUACGAUCUCGAUGAGAUAGCAGGAGGCAUCAAGAAAAUUGGGCAGAUCCAAAUGCACCCCUGCAAUGACAAUGAGAAGGUAUUAUGGAGUAGGCAGUGA